GGAAUAUUCAAGAAAGUCCUACAAAUGGUGUGUUUAGUGUUUCUAAAGUCAACAACAAUCCCUCAGUCUCAUGUUUCAUACGCAACCCGACAACCGAACCUGCAAAGAAAUUGGGUCUGUGUUCUUGUGGGGAUAAGAAGAUUUCUCCACACUUCUCUCUCAGUUUCUUGAAGAACAAGAAGAAGUAAGAACCAUGGAUUCCUCUUCAGCUUCUCCCAUUGAUGCCUUUCCAGAUGGGCUCAAAGAUAAAGUCUCAGUGGUUGACCCCUUUUUGAUUGAAGUCCUUCACAACCCUCGACACCGACUAACCAUUCUGCGGAUGGAACUUGAUAUUCAAAGGUUCUUGCAAAACCAAGAGCAGCAGGUGUUUGAGUUCCAACACUUUCCUACUUCAUACCUUCGACUCGCAGCUCAUCGUGUUGCUCAACACUAUGGUCUGCAGACAAUGGUCCAGGAUAAUGGUAUAGAUGGACAAGGGAGAAUUUUGGUGAAGAAAACUGUUGAAGCUAGAUUCCCAACCAUUUGCUUAUCUCAAAUACCUGCAAAACAAUUGGCUGAUGAUAAACCUGGGCAUGUUAAAAUUGCUGUUAGGCCGAAGCCGAAUAAGUUGUCUGAUGAUGCAGGUAAUUGUAUGGCUAAGCAAAGUCAUGGUAGGACUGUGGAGCAGAGGAAGGAAGAGUAUGAUAAGGCACGUGCUCGAAUAUUCAGCAGCCAAAGUAGUGGUUCAGUGGAUGUAUUGUCCCAUACUGUCACCGAGGGGCUUGGUAUACCUCCAAACAGAGAUAGGGCGGAAGAUUGUAGAGUGAACGAUGUUGAGAAGUAUAUGAGUGGUACAGAUGCUGGGAAUGGGGCUUCUUCUCGGGUUGCCAUUUUAAGAGAUAGGGAAAAGGAUCUUAGUGACCCAGAUUAUGAUCGGAGUUAUGAAAGGUAUGUUAAGAGCCUUCCAAUUAAUCUUACUCCGAGCUUGAAUUUUCCUCCUUUCACCUUUCAAAACAUCAUGCCUUCAUUUACCGGUUACCAUGUACCAAGGAACGAGGUUCCACUGGGCUAUGUUUCUCCUUCACAAAUCAAAACUGUAGGAUUGAAUCAGAUGUCUAGAUCCUCAGCCAAUGUGCCGUGGCCAUGUGCAGGGAUGCCAUACCCACAUUCUGCUUUCCAGGUACGUUUAAGAUCUUUACAGUACACAGCCUCUGUUCUAUCACUUGAAUUGAUUUGGUAAAACUGAAAAGUUAUAUCACACAACCCAGGUUCUUACUAGUGUUUACAAAAUUCACUUGGAUUGAUCUUGCUUAAUCUAGAAACAAUAUGGAGAAGCUACAAAAUUAAUUAGGCAAAGUUGUAAAGAACACCGAAAGGUUGAACCUUAGCUAGGUCAAUCAUUUCUGCCUCUGUAUGAAUGUCGUUUUCGUUGAUUGUGCUGGAGCUUGUUCAAUGAAAAUGCUAUGUAAAACUGCUUUUGCUACAUUUAUCCAAAGAUCUCCCCCUUCUUGGAAUUUGACCGUAAAACAGUUGGAUGAUGUUCUCCCUUUGCUUUUUUACCCCAAAGGUUAGGACACUUGGAACUUAUUCCUUCUCACCAAUCUUAUUAUAACAGCAAUGGAGUAACAGACGAUAGGUUUUUCUCUUGCCCCACGACAUAAAAUGCACCUAUUUGAUCGAAAAGAUGAAUCCGGUACACUGAUGAAUUCAUUGUUCCAAACAUCAUUUUAGAAAAUAACCCUUCCAAACACAAAAUACCUGUCUGAAAGCCUAUCUUCCAACUGUCUUUAUCUUUUUCACAGUUGAUUCAGUAGUGUUACUGUCUUCUACCCGCUUGCGUACUUUAUUUCUUUAGUAGAGAUGCAUCAACUGUUUUAUUCUCUUCUAACUUAAGCCUAUCUUCCAACUGUCUUUAUCUUUGUGUUGACUUCCUUUUGGUGUUAUUGCAGGCUCCAUUGUAUCAACAGUCUUUGAGUUUUGAUUAUAUGCAAUACAAUUGAAUACGGCAGUUAGGAGAUAGUGGUAAUUAAAAACUGAUUUACUCGGCUAAUUAUAUACUCAUUUUGUUAGUUCCAAAACCUCCCAUUAUAAUCAAUUGUUUUAAACUAAACUCUUUAAUUUAUACUUUCUAUCAUUUCUAAUAUUCA